AACCUGUCGCGUGAAUAUGACGUAACGGAAGUAAACAAAGAGCAUGUCGCAUAGACAGACUCAAUCAAAAGAGAUGAACGGUCAAGCAGACGUCGAGGUUGACUACAAACGAAAAUACAAGAAUCUCAAACGGAAGUUGAAGUUUCUUGUUUAUGAGCAGGAAUGCUUUCAGGAGGAGCUGAGGAGGGCGCAAAGAAAACUCCUCAGAGUUUCCAGAGACAAAAGUUUUCUCCUGGACAGAUUGUUGCAGUAUGAAAGGGUGGAUGAAGACUCAUCAGAUUCUGAUGCAACAGUCUCUUCAGAAAACAGUGAAGGUGAAGGACCCAGAGAGAGGGAACGAGAAAGAGAAGUAGUCAAAAAGAGGAAGAAUAUUCCUGGAGCGUGCCUUCCUUCAUCAUCAUCAUCUCCACACCUCUCCCUUCUCUCUCGUGCGGGCGUCAAUGCCCUGCAGUCGUCUGGCUCUGGGCCCUACCUCAACACUAUGCCCUUUCCACCAGAGUAUUUGGCUCCUCCAGCUGAACGAAUGAAGAAAGAAAGAAAAACAAAGACGCCUAAAAACAAGAAAGAGCCAACGGGGAAGGUUGUUGCACCAAUGGCUGCUAAUUACCCAUCAGCCCCCGCCGCCGCUCCGUCAGCCAGCGGGCACUUCAGCUGGGUUCCCAGACAGAUGCUGAGCGGCGAUGCAGCCGAGGAGGAGGGCGACAGCGAUGCAGACAGCGACAGAGGAGACGAGGACCGAGGAGAGGGAGACGAGGCGGAACUCGUCAUCGACAUCCCCAACGAGUGAGCCCCAGUGUGUGUUUCAAUUUAUUUAUGAACAGCGGACAUUGGUUUAAAUCUGUGAGCAUAAGGUUGAACUAUCAUAGGUGACUGAAUGUGUAUUUGCAUCUGGCGACUCCUUCAAAUUGAUAAAAGGAGAUAGAGCGCCCUCCUGUGGACUAAAGCUAAACUGCAACAUUGUGGUGUGAUAAAAUCUUACAUCAGGUAUGAUGCAGUUUGAAAACUUAAGACAAGUCAUCACCACUUUUCUGAUUGGAUGCUUUGCCUUCCAUGCAGUUUCAAAAUCAUUUUGUUUAAACAUUGUACAAACUGUGAUGACAGUCCUGUGGGUCCUACUCACAAAUUUAACUGUCUAAACAUCUCAGAUUUUUCAACUGUCUGAAGACUCAGUCCAAUUUAAACAGUCUAACCUUGUUAUAAGUGUUUGAAAGUUUCAAAUGUGCCGAUAUAUUUGAUUUUGUCGUCAUGAAUAUGAAGUUUUUAUUUUCUAAAGAUGCAUGCAUGUUCAUGCAUUUUUCAACUUUAGAUCAAACUAUUAUUAUUCCAGCACAUUAAAAGUUUUUAUUCAAAGCUAAUAGUGAGUCUUUUUUUCCAUAGAUGGUGCCAA